AUGUACUCCCUCUGGUCACUCCUGUUACUCAGUUAUACAGUCCCGUUCACUUGGGGCUGGGGAGACCUCGGUCAUCGAACGGUAGCAUAUUUGGCAGAGAAGUAUCUAAAUGAGGAUGGCACUCGGCUAGUGGAAGACCUUAUUCACCCGGAUGGGGAUUUUGAUAUCUCAGAUGCGGCAGUGUGGGCUGAUCUUCAGAAACGGAAACUUCCAUUUACUAGACCAUGGCAUUUUAUAGAUGCCAAGGAUCAACCGCCUGAUUCGUGUCGUGUCUCCUAUGAAGCAGAUUGCACGAAGGACGGAUGUGUUAUAUCUGCGAUUGAAAAUAUGACACACCAAGUUCAAGACCCCACUCUAGAGAAGACGCAGCAAGGUGACGCGCUGAAGUUCUUAAUGCAUUUCAUUGGUGAUCUACACCAACCACUGCAUGUUGAGGAUAAGUGUCGAGGAGGCAACGAUAUUCAUGUUUGCUUUGACAAUCACUGCGGCAAGACGAACCUUCACAGUGUGUGGGACACGGAUAUCCCCCAUAAACUGAACGGACUUAAGCACAGCCUGAAGCACAACGAAGAAAAAAGCCUGCCGUGA